AGUUACGAUUUGAAUUCUCUUAACAAGGAGUGCAUCAGGUUACCAAGCUUUGCCAGUAUGGUGCAUAAUUCACAAAAAGCUCUUAAAUAUUUCGACAAAAUUACACUCUUUUGCCAAUUUGGUUUGUCUCCUUUAAGCACUUGAAAGUCUCAAGUGUUUUCAAUUAAUGUGUAGCUCUCCAAAAGUCAGCGUAACUAUUUGACUUACAUGUUCCAUGCGACUGCUCCCUGAUUGCAACUAAUUGCGGCUUUUAAUCUCUUUAAGGACCCCGAAUUACACGUGUUUUUUUUUCAGCAGUUUCCUGUUUGAUACCUGCUGUAGGCUGUGACAGCAGAACAGAGCAAACUGCACGGCGCUGCGGCUGCCAGAGGAACCUUGAACCAUGAGAUCAAAAUAAAAUAAACCCUUACUUUAAACGGCACAUCCCUUCCCCCGUGCUACAGGACCCGUUGUUUUGGCUGGGUGCGCCCCGAGCCGAGCCAGCGAGAAGCCGGUCCAGCAUCUCCCGGCCGAGCCGCGGGACCCGGGCCGGCCGCCCUUCCCCGGCAAGGGCCUCCCGAGCUCCUCCAUCCUUUCCAGUGCCUUUCUUUCGCUUAAGGAUUGCUUCAGUUCCUUCAUGAUGCAGCUCAUGUCACAACCCGACACAGCGGGGAAUCGCUAGUCCAGGGCUGACUCUGGUUUUGACUGAGUCCUUGGGCUUGAAUUCACAUGGGCUUUGCUAAGAUCAAAGCUUGAACCUUUGAGAGAAGAGCCUUUCUGAUGGUCCUGCUCCGCUCCACCUGACCCUAUGAAAGGAGGGUUCACCAUAGCUCUGUCCUUUGUGCUCCAGUUCGACAAGAUGGGCUCGUUCAGAAGGCCUCGACCUCGCUUCAUGAGCUCCCCUGUCCUCAGUGAUCUGCCUCGGUUCCAGGCAGCCCGGCAGGCCAUGCAGCUCAGCUCCAACUCUGCCUGGAACAGUGUACAAACAGCAGUGAUAAAUGUGUUCAAAGGGGGAGGCUUGCAGAACAAUGAACUUUACACCCUCAAUGAAAAUAUCAGACGGCUGCUGAAGAGUGAACUUGGAUCCUUCAUCACAGAUUACUUUCAGAACCAGCUCCUUGCGAAAGGCUUGCUGUUUAUGGAGGAGAAGGUCAAGCUGUGUGAAGGUGAGGAUCGCAUUGAUGUCCUGUCUGAGAUCUGGGAUCACUAUUUUACAGAGACUCUUCCUACACUCCAGGCAAUAUUCUACCCAGUCCAGGGUCAGGAGUUGACUAUCCGUCAGAUUGCUCUUCUUGGCUUCAGAGACUUGGUCUUGCUAAAAGUAAAGUUGGAAGAAAUCCUUCCCCUGGUCCAGACAAAAGUUCCAGCUUCCAUUGUCCAGAUGCUGUUAAUUCUGCAGAGUGUCCAUGAGCCUACUGGCCCCACUGAGGGCUACCUACAGCUGGAAGAACUGGUCAAGCAGGUGGUAUCACCAUUCUUAGGCUUGUGUGAGGAUCACAGCUCCUCUGGUAGCACCUGCUUGCUUGAGAGACGGUACUCCAGAUCCUGCCCGAAGGCCCUGACCCCGCUGACAGAGCAGGAGGGCGAGGCUUACCUGGAGAAAUGUGGGAGCGUCCGUCGGCACACGGUGGCCAACGCGCACUCGGAUAUCCAGCUCCUGGCCAUGGCCUCCAUGAUGCACACGGGCAUGGUGGUGGAGGAAUCGGACACUUCUGACCAAUGCCUGCUGCUGCAGCCCAGCUGCUUUGGCCACAGGCAGUGCUCCAGCGAGCCCAGCAUCGCCGAUGGCCCCGAGGGAGCUGUGCCUGCAGCCGCUAGGCAGGAGCCUGCCCAGCUGAACUGCACCUCUGUCAGCUAGGAGGAGCCUGCCUGAGCAGUGGAGAACUGUAUGCACCAAGCUGGACAAAGUGGUGUGUCAUCCCUGCUGGGAAAAAAGGAGAAAAAUAGGAGUUUUGCUCAUGUCAUUGAAAUGGGCUCGAGGGUUCAUGUGGCUGAGGAUGCUAUCUACAUAGGUUCUUUUACCAGCCUGGGAUCAUUGUUGGUGGAGGUACCAGGCUGCUCCCAAAUGACCACUGAGGGCUGCAAAGGUUUUGCUGUUGAACAGCACAGUCUGCCUUCUGUAAGCUUUCUCUCUCUAUUAUUAUAAACUUUUUGGCAUCAGGUUUCCUUCUUUUUCUUUGGUAUGAUACAAAUUGAGUUCUUUCUGCUUUUCUCCAUCUUUCCCAAUUGUGCUUCUUCUUUGUUCUUUGUCCCUUCAGUGGAGGCAAAGUGUUUUUUUGCUUCUGGUGCUUCGUAGUGAAUGCUGAGCACUUCAUUUCUCUUUUAAAGUUGAACUCAGGGAUGGAGCCAUUUGCAUCCUGCAGAAAGAUCUGCUGAGGUGGCUUAUGAGAGGAGGAGAUCCUUCAUUUUGCUUCCCAUGGGCAUAGAUGAAAAUUCCAAAUCAGAAUUGAUCAGACGUACUUUUUUCCCAGGCCCAAAGAGAAUCGAGUAUAUGAGGAGUCUGAGCUGACUGUAUGUACUUCAUAUGUACUUUAUUUGGUUCCAGUCAUAUCUUGGGGGUUCUGGUAUAAAUUGGGUGCAAAGGAUGGCUGGGGUAUGUAAAUUGGAUGCAAAUAUACUGAGCAUCCUGGCACUGAGCAUCAAUUUGCUCUCAAAAUGUUAGUGUUAAUAGGGCUAUGAUGAAAGAGAAAAUCAAAUGGAUAGGAGAUGCUGCACUUGUGUGAGAGAUGUAAAGAUGCUUCUCAGCACUGGGCCAUCGUGACUCCAGACCAGGAGGUGAUGAUCAGUAUUUCAUCCUGGCCCUACCCUGGUACUUUUAGCACUCAUGGAUUUCACAAGACUGAGGAUACUCAGCAGGGUGUGGAAAGGAGUCCUGGCUCAGUGUAUUCAUGAAGUGCUCCUGACCUCCAGUGGUAUCUGACUCAGUGCAGUAUUGCUUUUAAGAUAAAGUGAGGGCUCUUUGCAGUCUUUGGUUUUGUUUUUAUUGUGAAGAUUAGGAGUGGGUCCAGGUGUCUGUGUCAGGCACUGCAGCCUGCAGUGUCUGCUUUGUAGCAUCGCUUGGUGCUCCAGUGCUGCUUCUGUGGGGACAGAGCCAGUCUGAGCUGUCCCUGGUGUACUCUGCUGAUGUCUUGUAAGCAGAUUUGCAAGUGUUAUUAUAGGCUUAGAGGUGAGCUGCAGUGCUGCCUUAAAUGUCAAAUCCCAUUAAAAAUAUGGACACAACACAACUACCACUUGAAUCUACUCCAAGUGGUACUUGGUAAAUAAGUGUAUCUUGACAAGGAAGCAGAAGGUUAGGACGAGCCUUUGGGAUGUUUUUUGCAUGCUAUGACAUUAACUGCAGAAUUUUCUCUGCUUCUGUUGGGCAUUAAACAUCUCCUCCUCUGCUGGCUUCACUGGAGUACAGCUCUGACCUGCCAGGAUUUGGCAUUAGUAGCACAUGCAGCAAAAGGAGAGCUGAAUGGCAACAAAGCAUCAGAAAUACCAGCUAUGAGCACAAGCCGUGCUGCCUUGAUGAGUGAGGGUUUUGCUUUGUCUGCUGUGGUUUGCAGUGUUGAGACAGAUACUUGGAAGAACUUCCUUUUCCCUCCUGUCACCAGAGCUCUUGGCCCUUGGGGAAAGGCCGAGCGUUUGGAUCACCAACUGUGCUUUCCAUGUCAGGAGAAGAGGUUCAGUUGUGCUGGCUGCCUCCUCCUCCUCAGAGCACCCACAGUCCCGCAGAGGCCAGGAAGAUAUGCCUUUAAGCAGCAUUCACUUCAGGUGGAUUGUAGGAUAAAUUGCUCUCUUGUUCAAAUAAAUUGGUCUGAUCAGGCCAACUUACUGCCAUGUGUCCCAGGGCAGCCAUGGAUUGUGGUGGAGCUUCAGAAUCUCUGUGAUGGCAGCCACACCAUGCUGGUCUCACCUUGGCACAGUCCCUCCAGCAUGGGGCAGAUGAUGGUGUGCUGCUCACAGUUAAUUUCUUUGGCCCCUUUCCGUGAUUUAAAGUCUUCUCUUACUCACGCUGAGGUGUGUGGGAAGUGGUCACACUGCAGCAUUUCAGUCGACUCUUAUGAAUGCUUUUCUUCUUUCUGUUUCUCCUGUAACCCAUUUGCCUUCUGUAAACACCCGAACCAUUUUGAUUACAGAGCAGCACCCUCUUUUAUGGUGAAAACUAGAACGAUGUAUUUAUUUCCUGACAUGUUCUUGGAUCAUCUCUAGGGCUAAUAGGGAAUUAGUCCUGGUUUUAACUUGAAUUUCUUUUAUUUUUCACAUAUGUAUGAUUUUAACUAUUUUGGUUUUGUAUCUGUUACUUUGCAAAAAUUUGCACCAAGCCCUCUGAAUCAUGCACUUGUCCCAUUGUUUUGUUUUUACAGAGGAUUAAAGCUGGUGGCUUUACUUUGUGAACUGAAGUAAAUACAACCUGUUCUCUAAACCACA